AAGAAAGGGGAGGAGAGGAGUGGUACGGGGAGGGGGCGCCGCACUGCUCUGCUACAAGUUCAUCCCAGUGGCUCUCUUGCUGCAGCGUGAGAAACAGUCUUGACACACGACCCGUUGCGGAACAACACACAGGACACAAACUCACUUUCUCUGUUUCUAGGGGUAUAUUUGUUUGAAAAUAAUCUCAUUCCGUCAUUCUUUAUUACUUUGAAUGAAAAAGAAAACGUUUAUUUAAGUGAGAUAUAAAGCUGGUAAUAAUUGUGGAUCGCGGUGGGAUUGAAAAGGCAGGCGACAGGCGCUUCACUGAGUGAUUUGUUCUUUGGGUCUGGCGUUACAGAUGGAGAGAGGGAGUGCACAUUUCAGAGGAGAUCGCUUUCCGAUAGCGCGUAUGGAUUGAAUGGAAAUGCGGAAUUGAGGCGGAAGGCAUUCUUGAUUCUAGAGGAGGAAUUAUGCGAAAAUCCAACGGGAAAAUACCACUAUAUGUUUUAUCUCUAAUUGAAGGGGGUUGAUUUAUAACGCAUGUGGUUGACAUAGCCAACCUAAAUGGUGCAUUAGUAUAUAUAUCAACUUGCCACGCAAUUGGUUACAGUGGGUAGUCAUAGUCUUAGUAGUCUUGUAUUGUAAAAUCGAAAAAUAAAUUAAACUAUAUAUUUUUUAUCAGGUCAAAGAAUGGGAAUAUAGCACCACUAUAACCAGUCUUAGUACUUUACACGAGUAGGCAUUUUUUUCCUCUAUUGGAAACUAAUUUAAAUAUUUUGGAUUUUGAAGAAAUGGCAAUCAACAUAGACACUGAAUUCGAGAAAUCUAACCUGGGUGAGAGCGGUCGCGCACCCGCCAACGAGUCUCAGGAGACGGAGAAACUUCUCAGCCCCGUGACCACCGAGCCCGCUGGCGGCAACGGUAUGAAAAUGUCCUCCUCCUUCACAGUCAACGUGGGGAGCGACAAAAACCUGGAUGUAGACCAGAACGGCCACAGUUUGCCCUUUAGGUCGGGCUCUGCAGGGCACCUUGCUGCUGCCCCCCUUUCCCCGUCCCGGGUCAGUUUGAGUCGCAGUUGCACAUCUUCCAUCGGAAACGCCGCGGUCCAAGAAGCGCAAAAGCCCAAAGACUACCUCAUACUGGUCAUAUUGUCCUGCUUCUGCCCUGUCUGGCCCGUCAGCAUUGUUGCUUUGUUAUUUUCAAUUAUGUCAAGAAACAGCCUGCAGUCGGGAGACAUGGACGGCGCUAAGAGACUGGGUAAACUGGCUCGACUCCUCAGUGUCGUUUCCAUAUUCCUGGGUGUGCUCAUCAUAGUCGUGUCUGUAACGGUCUCUGUAACCAAGUGACCAGUGUAUAUACUAUGAAACAAGAGCACUGCUGCAAGCCAAGCAGAGGAUGCAGCAUGGAAAAAAUAUAUAAAUUCCGUUGAUUCCUGAGAUGAAAAAAAAAUAUCACCUGCUCCACACUGUAAUCAAGAUCAAGGCAAAAAAAUAAGAAGUUUAAAGAAGAGUAGGAAAUGCAGUAGGAAAUGCAGUAGGAAAUACACUAGCAAAUGAAUAAACCAAAGCAAAAAUAUCCAGAUAUGCAUGCAUUAGAUUACAGUAACAUUUGCUUGAUGAAAAAGAAAACCCUUGACAUAAAAAGUGUUUCAAAAGAACGUUGGACGAUUGACUUUUGGUUUGAGGGACUUGCUACUCUCAUUCGAUUCUCUGUGGAGUACAAAUAGUCUUAGGAUGAAGAAGAGAGGGAUGAACAGAGGAAUGAAGUGAUACAAACUUUUCUGUAUCAAGAAUGGAAGGAGACCUUGAAAAUGGACUCCAAACAUCAAGACAGCUGAAUAAUAACCUACAUAUAUACCUAGUUGGCCUGACCGCCUGCAUUGAAAGCAUAUACAACUAUACAGAUAUAUUUGCAAUAUAAGUAUAUACAGAUUAAUAUAUCAAUUCCCAUUUUAUAAAAGUUGUGUAUGUUGGGCUGCGAUGAUUGAGACUUAAGUUAAGAUGGCUACCUGGCCGGCAGUGGCUGUCGCCUACUAUGGUUUGCCGAAGGAUGUAAUAUUUGAUCAGGGAACACAAUUCAGAGAAGAUGUUUUUGAAUUUAUGUUGGUUUUUUUGUAGGUUUUUGACAAAAAUAAGAGACCACUUGCAUGCAUGUCUUGACUGUAGAUAGCCAACCUUUUUAAUUUAGUUUGUGAAUUCAUAUUUGUUUGUCUGUGUUUUUACCUUGGGAUAUAACGAGCCAGUUGCUUAGAGCCUUUGGAGAGUGAAUUGAACAUACUGUGAGUGUUUCGGCUCCAUGUGGGUUGACUGUGGGUAAGGACAGAAACAGAAUACCCCCCCUUCAACCCUCUUCUCCCCUGCCUUGCUGUGGGAGGGGUCUGACUAUAUUAAUGCGCAUGCCUAUCCUCCCCAUCCCCUCCAAACAUCCAUGCCAGAACAUGGGCAUAAGCCUGAGAAUAUUCAAUUUGUCAGAACCAUUACUGUCCCCUUCCCCACUGCCCCCCCUCCAAUUCCAACCCACCCUACACCAGUACCUGGUCUCAUUACCUGGACUGUUAAUGUAACUUGUUUCACUGAAUGUAUUUUGUAGUACUACAGAGACCAACACCAAUCCUUAACCUAUUGCCACCGUGCUGUAUCGGUAUGACAUGUAUUUAUAUGAAGAAUAUAUAUGCAAUAUUAUAUAGGCAUGCUUUGGGCUAAACGGUACCCAGGUUUUUGUAUGUCAUUGUAAUGACCCACUGUAACGUUAAAGGAACAUUGUUUUGAGGUUUGAUUGAUUGAUUUGCAGCAGUUCUCUCUGUACCCGUAACACACUCAUUUGUCUGUAUUCAAAUGUGUCACCAUGCCAUCUGGAAUAAGUCCCACAGUUGGUUCUAAUUCUACUGCGGCAACACAACAAAGGACUGUUAUAUUGACACACUUCAGAUGUUUACUGGAAGGUCAUAACACCUCUUAUAAAACCUUCAGUACCACUACAUGAUGCUUCGUAACAACCUUGUUUGGACUUACAUUCAUGUUUGUAUUACUCUCGUAACUGAUGCUCUUCAACUUCCAUUUGAUUUCAAUACUGUAAGUUGACAUGAUUAUUCAUAUUUUCUUGAUUCAACUGCUUGUCUUAUCAAGGGUUAAUGUAGGUGUUAGCUACACAUGAGAUCAAAGAUAAAUCAUUCUAUGAUAAUUUGAUUGAAUUGAUCUGGCCUGAAUUUAAAAUGUUCAAAGAGAUAUAAAAUGAUUGAAAAAGCACCUGUAAUUGGUGAAAAAGGUCACCAUAUUAACAUUUGAGGUCUCCUUUUGAAUCCUCUAAACUAUGAACACACAUUGGUUAAUUCCUUGCUGAAUAAAAAAACAAUUCUGCCCCUGUCUAAGCAUGCAAAGCACCAGAUAAAACCUGGAAACUCUCGACAAUAUAAUGUGAACAUUUUUGGCAUCUGUACUGUAUUUCUAGAAACAACAAAUAGAAAUAGGACCACAGCUGUUGAAUGACUCAACAUGGUCACGAUGUUUAAAAGCACUGAACUCAAGACAGCCUUACAGCACAUCUUUAGGUAUGAUAACAAAAAGGGCAGCAGGUUGAUGUUGCUAUACAGGUUAUAUUGUACAAUAGCACGCUCGUACAGCCACAGUGUGCUUCACUUGACAGGUGGGCUGAAGACACAUCCCUGUCGAAAGAGCUCUAAUGUUUAUCUCUGGGCAACAGGCAUGCACAAACUAACUUCCCACACACACCUAAAGGGCUUUUAGAAACCUGCCUUGGGGGGGAAAGUAGACGGCUGCUUUUGUCAUACAGUAAGAGUAAACGGCAGAGGAGAGAGGGGGGGAGGAGAGACCCCAAUCCAGCUGGAUAGAGUCAGUGACUCAGUCUGCCAUUAAACAUCCAAAUUCAACAUAAUUCCUAUAAGACGCAUUUGUCUGGUAAUUUCACUGUUAACACAUGGAAUUCCACUUUUACAACACAUACUUCCCUGACUAUCUUUCUGCUGCGAGAUGCAUACAUGCUGUUCUGUGUCAGUAAAACAGUGACUUUCAAUUAAUGUCUAUUUUUUUAUGUCCUUAUUUCUUCCCCUUUUGAUAGCAUAUGUAUAUGCUGGUUUCCAUCUCUGUUGUGAACAUUCUGCAUGUCUGGAAUAAACAUUACCAUGCAUGGUC